AGGAGUUGUACGUAUAGAGCUCAUGAGUAAAUGAGAGUUGAAGCUGCUUUACCCGAGACGAUCGACAGCCAUCUUACUGGAACAUCAGCCCAUCUCGACGACCUUCUCAUUCGUUGAGCGCCCUCGCCGCUCCUCACCAACAUCACCGCAACAUCCCCUCCGUCAUUGACCUUUGCAUCCAUCAUGUCCCAGCCAAAACAAGCGGCGCAGCCUGCACCUCAAGCGGGCGUCAAUUUCGAUCUCACAGUGGGUCACGUCGGCGAGACUCAAGCGGUGUCGUGGAAUCGACGAGACAUUGUGCUGUACGCCCUAGGCAUAGGCAGCAAGGAGACCGAAUUGGAUUACGUGUACGAACAAUCUUUGAAUUUCAGACCUUUUCCCACUUAUCCUUUGGUGCUGGGAUUCAAAGGAGAGGGAAGCGAUACGAAUGUGUUUGCGGAGAUGAUUGCCAGCAGAGGGGGUACGCCUGGCUUCCCCAAUUUGGAUCCAAACACGCUGGUUCAUGGCGAACAGUCUAUCGUUAUUCAUGAGCCUAUACCGGCCGUCAGUACGCCCGGAUGGAAGUUGCAGAAACGCACAGUCGGAGUUCACGACAAGCCAAGCGGGCUCAUACUCGAGGGCGAGACUGUCUUGAUCAGUCCUACGGGUCGCAAGCACGCCACUAUGACUGGCGCGAGCUUUUACAGAGGAGGCUCGCAAGGGACAGGGUACAGCAAGAGCAUCGGUCAGAAGUUGCCAGUGACCAAACCCCCCUCCAAACCUGCAGACUUUGAGUUGCAAGAGGUGACGACGUCCACCCAAGCUGCCCUGUACCGUCUGAGCGGAGACUACAAUCCUCUUCACAUCGAUCCAUCCAUCGGCAAAAAGGGCGGACUACCAGGAGCCAUACUUCACGGCCUAUGCUCCUACGGCCACGCAGCCCGCGCCAUCCUGCGCAGCGUCUCACCUCUCGAAGGUCAAGCAGCUUCGACGGACAUCGUAGAGCUCAAAGCCAUGUCUGCCAGAUUCACCAGUCCCGUCAUGCCCGGCGACACGCUCAAGACGAAGGUUUGGAUCAUCGGAAAGGACCAAGAGGAGGAGGAUGGAAAGAUCAAGAUUGCAUUUGAACAGGAGAUUGUGGGUGGUAAGAAGAGCUUGGGAGGCGGUUAUGCAGAAGUAAUCAAGGUAGCUCGAACCAAGCAGGCCAAGCUUUAGGCCCGUCAAAGUCGAUGAUCAUCGUCAUUUUUGACUGUAUGGUCAUGGAAAUGCGAAUCUGCAUCAACCCGUGCCCCUUUUUGCUCCGGCCGCACGCAACGAAAAGAUCAGGGUCGAGGGCGCACCGAUAGAUUGCUAGAGCGCGCGGGCGCCUAGCGGUCGAACUUUGUGACGCACGUCUGUCAAGGUCAAGUGUCCGAAGUGAAAGCUGAGUGAAGAGUAAAGAGUACAUCUUGACUGCUUGAGCAAUGCUACAGCGCAUUUCG